AUGGCGCCGGGCAUUCUGCAAGAGGUGAGGUCUCCGGGUCAACAUCCCAGUGAAGAGCAAAUACUCCGACAUUCGCCCUCUCCCAAUGGCGACGUAUCAGCUUCACUCUCCCGCCUUCAACUGCCGAAGGCGUCGACACCCCAAUGUCAAGUUUGUGUCGUUGGCGCUGGCCCAGCGGGCCUCAUGCUUGGAUGCAACCUCGCCAGAUUUGGCAUAGAUGUACAAGUGAUAGAUGAGAGAGACGGGAAGACAACGGUGGGCCGUGCCGACGGACUGCAGCCAAAGACGAUAGAAACAUUCCGCCAGAUGCGCCUAGCCGAUCCUCUAUUGCAACGCGGCGUCAAAGUAUUCGACAUUGCGUUCUGGCGUAGUACUCCGACCGAAAAGCUCCACCGGCUGGGCCGCGAAGUCCACUAUCCUCCCGUAAUCGACGUUCUCGACCCAUGUAUUCUGCUCGCCCAUCAAGGAAUGGUUGAGGACUUAUUCAUGGAUGAUAUGCGUUUGCGUGGAAAGGAAGUCCUACUCAACUACAAGGCCCUGGGUAGCGAUGAAAUUCAGCCGCUUCUGGCAGAAUACCUUAUUGGCUGCGACGGCGCCCACUCCCGGGUUCGCAAGGCCAUCCCCGGAGUUGAAGCCGUAGGUGUCUCGCAGCCUGCCAUCUGGGGUGUUCUUGAUGGCGAGCUCAUCACAGAUUUCCCCGACAUUUGGUCCAAGACUCUCGUCUAUUCAGAAGUACACGGGUCCAUCUUGAUAGUACCACGGGAACGCAACAUGACCCGACUGUACAUUGAGCUCAAAUCAUGUCAAUCACCGACAGCGCUGGCCGACCUGGCUAGAGGCGACGACCUCGGACAAGCAUUCGUUAUGGAGCAAGCCCGGAAGAUCAUGGCGCCGUUUAAUAUCGACUGGAGCUGCAUUGAAUGGUUUGGGCGCUAUCAAGUCGGGCAGCGUUUAGCAAGCCGUUUCAGCGACGAGUCGGCUUCUGUCUUCCUUGCCGGUGACGCUAGCCAUACCCAUUCGCCCAAGUCAGCACAGGGCAUGAAUACUGCGAUGCACGACUCAUGGAAUCUCGCAUGGAAGCUCAACCUUGCCGCUCGAGGCUUUGCACGCCCAGAACUCAUGGCUAGCUACGAAGAGGAACGCCGCAAGGUCGCUCUCGACCUCGUCAACUUCGACUACGAGCACGCCAACCAGAUUGCCAACGGCGAUGCUGUUGCGUUAGCCAAGAACUUUCUGUUCAACGUCCGAUUCAUAUCGGGAAUCGGCGCCGAGUAUGGACCCAGUAUCCUCACAAGGCCGUGUGCCGCCCACGAAGAAUCAGCAUUUCCGUGCUCCGAAGCUGCUCGCCCCGGAAGCAUCCUCCCUCCUGCCAAAGUCACUCGUUAUAUCGAUGCCAACCCCGUAGACAUCCAACUCGACAUUCCGAUGAUGGGCCAGUUUCGAAUAUAUCUCUUUGCGUGGGACGUAUUCCAAUCUGCCACAUUUCUCGAGUCAUUCUGCAACUCGGUCGCCUCGCGCAACUCAUUUGUAAACGCAUUGUCCGCUGCGGCAACGGCGUCGUACGCGCGCCAGCCAAGGCCAUUAGUCCCCGAAGACGUAUACACUCGUCCGGAGCGCUAUGUCAAAGCCAGCGAAUUGUUCACAUUCUCCCUGAUCACAACUAUGCCCAAACACGAAUUUGAAAUUUCCGACCUCCCCCCUCUAUUGCAAGAAAGCCGAUGGACGCUGUACCUUGACAACGUCCCCGAGCAGGACACCCGCGGCAUGCGCUGCACAGAAAAAUGGCUUGGGCGACUGACACCGGGCGAGGUGGCCAUUGUGACCGUCCGGCCAGAUGGCUACGUCGGUUCCAUCGGCCGUUGGGACGCUGGCCUCGACGAGUCUGGUGCCAACGCCGCCCGAUGGCUCGACGAUUAUUAUGGCGGGUUCCUCAAGCUGCCAGACGCAGAAGAGGCCUCUGUAUGA